UGGCAACAUUUUUCUUAGCAGAAUAUUUUUAACAACAUGCUUCAUACGCCGACCUUCAUGCUUUGAAUACAAACAAUUAUAAAUGUUAAAUUAAGUUUCUAUAUCUUACUGUUUCAAGUCAGAAAUGAAAAAUAAAAGCUGUGCUUUGCUGCUGCGGCAAAUAAACUGCUUUUCUUCCAUCGGUAUUAGUUUCACUCAUCAUCAGUCACUCAUUUUAACCCUUAGAAGAACCUUUUCUCAAUGGCAUAUUGUUGGUGCUGUUUGCCUAGAGCGGAAACCUGUUAUUUCCCAACCUUUAAAUCCUUUAGAAGAGAGGUAUUUGAAUUAUUUACAGAAACUAGAAUUUGAGAAAAGUUAUCUCAGUGAUCAUGAAAAAAGACAUCUAAAAGAUCAGCAAAUAAAUGAAAAGCUGCAAAUGGGACAAAUUGAUGAAGCUGAUGCUAUAUCACAGCAAACUGCUCAAGAUUUUGAAGAUGCUUCUAUUGAAGAAUUUAACAAAUAUAAACCUGCUUCCCGAACAACAGAAGCUGAUGUUAAAAAUGAUAGAAGAAGCAUUCAGCGUAAAUUGGAUCAAAGUUUGUUGCUUGUGAUCAAAGAAAAGUUGGGAAAUGAUUUUAAAUGGAUUUUACCUCAAGCAGUGCAUCAAAAUGGAGAAACUUUGAGACAGACUGCUGAGAGGGCCUUAAAUGAAGUUUGCCUUAAUGAAGGAAAUGUGAAAUUUAUAGGAAAUGCACCAGUUGGACAUUACAAAUAUAAAUACCCAAAAGCAGCUCGGGGGAAUGGUGUUUGUGGUGCUAAGGUGUUUUUCUUCAAAGCUCAACUCUUAAAUGCAAAGCAAGAGGUUCAGAUGAAACAAACCGAAAUUAUUAGUGAUCAUUUAUGGUUAACUCAUUCCGAAUUAGGUGACGUUCUGCAAUCCAUGUAUUGCAAAGCUGUGCAAUCAUUUUUAUUUCCCGACACUUUCAUCAUUGAUAGCAAUGAAAAUGUACAAGCACAAGCAUCAUCUUCAGAUGAAGAUGAACACUUAGCAUCAUCAACUGGUUGGUGAACUUGAAUUUAAAAAAUCAUUAAUCUAUUACAUUGAAUGUUUUGGAUCAUCAUUUGUCUGUAGAAGUCAUGUUAUAUUUUGCAUUUUACCACUCAUUUUUUGUUUCAUAUGAUCCUUAGAAUUCUGUAUAUUAAUUUAAUUUUUCUGAAGCCAUUGGGCAGCAUGUAUAAAUAUAGACAUUUUGAUCUGAAUAAAAAUAUAUUUUAUGUUACCAUACACAACUGCUAGCGUGUUUAGUUAUUUAUUGAAGUUAAAACAUAUCCAUUCAAUGUUUUAAAUUGUGUAUCAAUAUUCCAGUUUGUUGUUUAGCAUAUUUUUGAUAUGCUGAAAAUAUAAACGUUUUAUUGGCUUAAAAUUAUUAGUUAGUUUUACUGCAUUCUUUUGUGACAAAGGUAAUGUUUUCUACAUAGUUUUUAUAUUGAUGUGUACUUAAGCUGGUGCAUUGCACCAACUGCCAGAAAAAAAUUGCAGUUUGAAUUGGUACAAUUCCUUUCCAAGUAUUUCAAUUUUCAAGAAAGUUAUAACAACUUUUUUGACAGUGUUGUAUCCUCACUAAAAUGAAAAAUAAUGUUAAAAUUUAUGUCAAAUCUUAUUCCUUUAGUUGCUGCACAAAAAUU